CCCUAUACACAGAAAUGUCAAAUCUAUCUCACAUCUAUUUAAAUUAAAUUAAUUCCUUAAAAAUGAAUGAACUGUUUGUGGUUUUCUUCGUUAUAUUAAAUGUUGUACUUCGGGGGGCGUCUGAUAACAUUUUGGGGUGCGGAGGUUUUGUUAAGAGUCACGUCCCGAUUGAUUUUUCGAAAGUCGAAGUAAAAUUGCUUACGAAACAGGGGAUUCUCAAAGAUAAAAUUAAUUGUGCCCCCAAUAAUGGCUAUUAUUUUGUCCCUUUGUACGACAAAGGCGAAUACAUUUUGGAGCUGGAUCCCCCACCCGGUUGGAGUUUUACUCCAACUAAAGUCGAUUUAGUCGUUGACGGAGUUUCGGAUCUUUGUAGUCAAGGGAAAGAUAUUGAUUUUAGUUUUAAAGGGUUUGGGAUUACUGGAAAGGUUGAAAGUUUAGGUAGCGACAGUGGCCCUGAAGGGAUUGAAGUUGAAUUAAAAUCGAAUUCUGAAGUUAGAAAAACAACGACGAGUAAUGGGGGGAGCUUCUUUUUUACUCCUGUAUAUCCCGGCAAUUAUGUUGUAAAAAUUUCCACUUCAAGUUGGAAAAUUUACAAAGAUAGCGUCAAUGUUGUUGUGGCUGAAGGUAACACUGAAUUAGCCCCAAAAAGUUUAAUAAUACAGGGGUAUGAUGUCACGGGGGCUGUUAAAGAUCAAGGGGAACCAAUUAAAGACACUACUAUUGUUCUCUAUGCUCAAAUACCUAAGAAUGAUAUAAAAGUCGAUGGUUGUGAUAAAUCACCUUUGCCUGGUUUAAAACCAAAUAAGCCAUUAUGUCAUGUUAAAACAAAUGAACAAGGGGUGUUUACAUUUGGUACUUUGCCUUAUGGGAAAUAUUACGUUGCACCUUUCUACAUUGAGCAAAACAUUUAUUACCAACCUGAUUCCAUUGCGUUUACUGUUGAACACGGGAGUGUGAAACUGAAAGAGAAUUUUGAGAUCAUCGGUUUUAAUAUCAAUGGGCGUGUCUUGAAAUCGUCCAAUGGGAGGCCUUUACCCAAAGCAAAAAUAUUUCUAAAUGGGAAACAAAUAACCGAAACUGACUUUAACGGAGUUUACAAACUUCAAAGAUUGAAAGCGGGGACAUACAAUCUACAUGUGAUUGCUGAUAAUUUCCUUUUUAAGGAAGUUGCAGUUAAAAUGAACCCAAAUAGCAAAAUCCCAGAUUUGGUACCAACAUCGUAUCAAGUGUGCGGCAACGUUAUCAGUGAUAAGUCACAAAGUGUCACUUUUGCACAAAUUGGAAGUACCAAAGUCGUUACCACACUAUCAGAUAUGAAUUCGGGUCAAUUUUGCGAGUAUUUAAGUCCUGGGAAAUAUCAAGUUCAAGUUGUUGUUGAUAAUGCCGAUUCACAAAAAGGGAUGCAAUUUUUCCCUAAAGCACAAAACAUUGAAGUCAAUUCUGAACAAGUCGGUUCUAUUAUUUUUUCGCAGUUGAAGGCCACACUCACUGGAGAAAUUCAAUGCAUCAAUAAGAAAGACUGUCAAGGUUUGAAGGCGAUUUUGAAGCCUAGUGGUGAAAAAAAUGAAAUUGUAAUUAAUAUUUCUGACGACUCUUACAAAAUUUCCGAUAUCUAUCCGGGAAUUUACGAGAUUAGUUUAAGCGAUAAUAAAUUGUGUUGGAAGUCUAGUAAACAAAUUGUUAAUGUCAAUAAUAUCAACGUUGAAGUUCCCACUUUUGUCCAAGUGGGGUAUUCCGUCGUAUUUAGCUCAUCUCAUGAUACACAGAUCACUUAUAAAAUUCCCGGUCAAAAUAGAGAAAAUACUAUUAAAGUGAACAAAGGCAAACUCGCUUAUUGUUUAGAGAAAGCUGGGGUUUAUACAUUUCAUUUAAGUAGUUGUCACAGUUACGAGUCUCCUUCUGUGACUUAUAACACCGAUUCUGCAACAAACGAAAUAUUUUUAAAUGCACAAAAACACACCGUGACUUUACUAAUCGAAUCGGAAAAAAAACACGGUGAUGUAACUGCGACUAUUAGUCUAGACGGAGUAAAAACUCAAAGUCCAUUUUUACCAUUUGUUCAAAACGGAUACGAAAUCCAAUUGUUGCUAAGUCCGAGUGAAACAGCGGUGAUUGUACCUCAAUCGGACAUUUUAUACUUUAGUCCUCCAAUUCUCUCAAUUAGUGGCAGUAGCGACUGUGAAAAUUUAGGGCCAAAAUUUAAGGCGGUUUUAGGGGUUGUUUUCCACGGGAAAAUAAAACCGCCCCUUUCAGGAGUCUUAGUUACUGUCGAAACCGAGAACUUUGACACUCUAAUGGCCGAAACGGACGUAAAUGGAGUCUACAAAUUCCCACCUUUAGACAAAUCCAAGUCUUAUAAAAUCGCAGCAAAGAAAGAUUCCUACGUCUUAGUCGGGCCUGACCAUGAGGGGAAUUUCCUCGCACACAAAUUAGCUGAAAUUGUUAUUGAAGUUGUCGAUAAAAAUGAUAAUGCCCCCUUGCAAGGAACUUUACUUUCUCUCUCAGGAGGUGAUAGUUACAGAAGUAAUUUGCAAACAAAUGAAAACGGGAAAAUCACUUUCCAUUCUUUAAGUCCAGGAGAGUAUUUCUUGCGACCGAUGAUGAAAGAGUACAGUUUUGAGCCAACUUCGAAAAUAAUUACCGUCAAUGAGGGCCAAACUGUCAACGUGAAAUUAACUGGUAAACGCGUCGCUUAUAGUGCUUAUGGUCAAGUGACUUCGCUCAAUAAAGAACCGGAGGAGAAUAUAGUGGUUGUGGCUUUGGGAGUAGGCAAUUGUAGUCACUUUUCAGAGGAGUCAACAUCGGAAAGUUCGGGGUUAUUCCGAAUCCGUGGUCUUCAGCCCUUCUGCUCUUACGAUAUUACAGUCAAGAGUAGUCCCAACACCAUUGAAAGGAGUGCUCCUAAAGUCAUCCAUGUGGAGAGGGUUUUCCAGGAUAUCCACGGCUUGCAAUUGGUGAUUUUCCGUCCUGCGACUCAUAUGGACUUACUUGUGAAGGUUUAUGCUAAGAAUCCUGAGCAUUACAAGAGCUUGAGGUUGAAAGUUGUAUGUGAGACGGCAUCGUCGGGCAUUGUUUAUACCGGGCGUGUGGAUACAUCGUCGAUCACUAUCACUGCUGAUUACAACCAAGGAGUCUUAGUCCAAAUCCCACCGUUACCACUAGACGGGAAAACUUAUUCAGUACAUUUAGAAUCAAACUUGAAUAAUAAACUCGAACCGGAUCCUGAAAUUUUCAUCGCGAAUUCGUCUUUUAAAUAUGUCGAGUUAGAUUUUGUCGUGAAAAGUAGUAUGGUUGAGCAAGAGAUUAAGCAAACUUCUAUUUGGACACUUGUUUUGAUAUUUAGUAUUAUGUUUGCUGUUUAUAAUAUCGAUAAAGUUAGUCUUUUUUUGAAAGAAAUGUUAGGUGGRUACGUAACAGAUUUUCUCAAUUCUGCUAAUAAAAAAGCCGCAACUAGUGAUUACAGUGGCGACAAUGAUGAUAUAGAUCAAAUUGUUCAAAGUAUUAAUGCUGUGAAAAGAAAACCCAAACCUAAGAAAAAUUAAAUGUUAUGUAGAAUUUUGUUUAAUAAAGGUUUGUUACAAAA